GAAGGAUGAAUGAUUUUGGCCUUUCCAUCUCAGGAUUGUAUAGCUGCAUUAGUGAUGAGGAAUUGGAUAACCCUGUGAGAACUAUUAAAGAAGAUAUGCCUGCUGCUGGUUACAGAAUGGUCAGAGGCCGGUUGAUGCCUUUAGGUAUGCAUGUACAAUGGCAGAGAAUAGCAGCUUCUAUGCACAGAGUUGAUUCAGUGGGAAUUCUUUCAAGACUGGCCAGAUUGGGAUGUGUGGUGCGAAGAAAGUACUCAGUUCGAGGGCCCCUGUCUCUUAUGCAUAUAGACACGAAUCACAAAUUGAUACGGUACAACAUUAUAAUAUUUGGUUGUGUGGAUGGUUAUUCCAGGAAGGUAAUGUACUUGAAUGCAGCAAACAACAACCAGGCAUCAACAGCAUACCAGUUCUUCUCAGAAGCAAUCCAAAAAUUUGGUCUACCAUCUAGGGUCAGGGGAGACCAAGGAGUAGAGAAUAUUAAAAUUGUCAGGUUCAUGUUUUCUUCAAGAGGCACUGACCGUGGUAGUUUCAUAUCUGGUAAAAGUGUCCAUAAUCAGAGGAUUGAGCGCCUUUGGUGUGACGUCAGAGUCAUGGUUACCAACAAGUACUCCGAAAUGCUGCACUCCCUUGAGGCAGAAGGAUUGCUGGACUUAUCUGUGGUUGAGGACCUUUUCAGUGUGCACUACAGUUUUCUUCCAAGACUUCAGGCAGACUUGGACACAUUUGCAGAAGCUUGGAAUUACCAUCCACUCUCCUCAGAAGGGAAUUGAAGUCCAGAGCAGCUGUGGCAGAUUGGGUUGAUGCACAAAACCAUUGACCAACCAGAGAGUUACGAGGACAUUGAAGAGCCAGAUCUAGACUGGGACACAGCAGCUUCAUACGAUGCCUGUGAAGAUUUGGGAGUUGUUGUUCCAGAAUUUCAAUGCCCUUUGAGUCAAGAUGGGUUAAGGGC